UUUUAGUGUAUACCGAAAUUCAUACAAGCAUACCCUUGUUUUAUACUAUCUCAAAUCUGUUAGUAACCAACAUGGCGGAAUAGAUAGAUGUUGACUUUUCAAGAUUCACAUGUCUUAGAUUCAAAUAUCUCUGUACAACAAAGUUUAAGAAGAAAUUGGUUAAAUGUUAUUCAUUCAUGUAAUUUAUAUUGUUUAUUGACACACGUUGUAAUUGCCACUGAAGUCACGUGUUGUAUAUUAAUUGUAUUGAGUAUUAUUAACAAUAAGUGCGUAUAUUACCUAUUAGAACAGUCUACUUGACACAACUGUAACUUUGACCCUUAACGUGAAUGUAUUGCAAGCAUUUGGAAAAUCAAAAGGAACACACGAUUUUUUUGAAUUAUUUUUAUUUUAAAAUAAAAAUAAUACGACUUACGUAAUGAGAGUGUUAACAUCAAUUUUAUAUAUUCCAUCGAAGGGUUAAGAGAAACAUGUGUGAUUUAGCAAAAAAAAUGAAAGAUUCAAGUGUUAAAAACAAUGUGCAAAAUGAAUCAACAGAUCAGUUUUGUCGAACACAAAGUGUUGAUAAAAAGGAACCUGCAUUAAAAAGUACAAACGAAGAUGUUCAACGUGCAAUUGAAGGUUUAAAGGAUAUACCAGACGAGGAACUUCAAGAAUUUCUUGAUGAUGAAGACUUUAUGGAAGGUUUAGACGUUGUCGAUGCUUGGGAAGGUGAUGAAGAGAAAGGUCGUGAAAUUGAAUUUAAAACUCAUAUCAAGGAUCAAGAACAGAAGCGUUCUUCUAGUUCUUCUCUUUAAAUAAUUCGCAACGUACAGAAAAAAAUUAUUAUGAGCCUACUUAUAGGGAAAGAUAUCGGCGUGACUACAAAGGAUCUUACAAUCGUGAAAGGCCAAAGAGAGAAGAAAAAAGACAUGAAGAAAUUCGUCGUGAUCCUUCUAAAAGUACUAAAGAUAUAGAGAAGGAUAAAAUACGUAC